AUGGAGCCUGAUUAUAAAUUCCAAGCUGAAUAUGCCAAAAGCAAUAGAUCGUCUUGUCGUGCAUGCAAGAAUUCAAUAGGCAUGGGAUCCUUAAGAAUAGGAGCACUAGUUCAAUCUUAUGCAUUCGAUGGAAAAAUGACUCUAUGGUACCACUACAGCUGUUUCUUCAAGAAAACCAAGGUCCUACAGACAAGCGACAUUAAAAACUUUGAUAAUUUAAAAUUUGAAGACCAGGAAAAGAUCAGAACAGAGAUCAGUUCAGAGAAAUUUCUUAUUUCUAACUAUAAUAUCACGGCGAAUUCUGACGGUUUGGGCAAAUGCACGAAUUGCUCAAAGAUUAUUAAGUGCUUCGUGAAGAAGUAUCCUGAAGCUGACGUGUCGAAAGUUCGUGGGUUUGGCAAGCUCAAAGCACAAGAAAAGUUUGAUCUUUUGGAUGCUUUGUCAAACAUUAAAGCUAAGAGUUCAAGGAAGCGAAAAACAGAAGAAUUCGAUAACGAAAAUCAAGCCCCUCCUUCCAAGAAGUCCCGAGCUUCUAAGGCACCCAUUGAGUCCACUAAAGACGCUCUAAAGAACUUUUGA